AUGAUGAAGUUGAUAGAACACAUUCAAGUCUCACCACCACCAAAUUCACUUCCAUCACCAACCACUCUCCCCCUCACUCUCUUUGACAUUUCAUGGUUCUACUGCCUUCCCCCAGUUCAACGCAUCUUCUUCUACCGCUUUCCUCAUCAACCUCAUCACUUCCUCCAAACAACACUUCCCAUUCUCAAACACUCUCUUUCUCUCACCCUCCAACACUUCUUCCCAUUCUCCUCCAACCUCAUCAUCCCUCCUAUUUCCGAUAACCCCCCUUACAUACGCUACCUCAACGGCGACUCUCUCUCCUUCACCGUCUCUGAAUCCUCCGCAGACUUCAACCUCCUCAUAUCUGAUUCACAAGACGCUCAAAACUGGCACCCUCUUGUUGCUAACCUACCUCCACCUCGUAUAGAACCAAACCGUACAAUUGCCAUCCCUUUAAUGGCUAUUCAACUCACCCUUCUACCAAACUCCGGCUUCUCUAUCUGCCUCACUUUCAAACACGUCGCUGCAGACGGAAAAUCACUUCACCAUUUCAUGAAAUAUUGGGCCUCUCUUUCAAAAGCCAUAGCAAACAAUGACAAUAGUUUAUUAUCUCUACCUCUUGAUCUUCCUUCCCAUGAAAGAGACACAGUUCUUAAACACCCUAAGGCUCCUAAGCUCAUUUACCAACAUGAAGAUGCUUAUAGUGAUAGUUAUGCUGACAAGGUACGAACUAGUUUAAUAUUGAGUCAUGAACAAGUUCAGAAACUGAAGAAAUGGUUUGUUGAUAAAUGUAAAGACACAACAAAACAUAUGUCAACUUUUGUUGUGACAUGUUCCUUGAUUUGGUUUUGUAUGGUAAGAUCAGAGAAAAACACAGGUGGUGAUGGUGCUGUUGAUGAUCUAUGCAACUUCUUGUUUUUAGCAGAUUGUCGCGAUCGUCCUGAAUAUUCAUUACCAAAAACCUAUUUUGGAAAUUGUCUUGCCUCUUAUACUGUGGUUGUAAAGAGGGGCGAGUUGGUUGGAAAAGAUGGUAUUGUUGUGGCUGCAAAUGCUAUUGAAAGGAAGAUAAGAGAAUUCAAGAGUGAUGAUUUGUUAGUAGAUGAAGUGUUGAUGCCUGAUUAUAGGGAAUUAUCAAAACCAGGUCUGUCUUUGGUAGUGGUUGCAGGUUCACCAAAACUUGCUAUUUAUGAGACUGAUUUUGGGUGGGGGAAGCCUGUGAAAUCUGAUGCAGUUCAUAUUGAUGCCUUUGGGUCGAUUUCUCUUUCGGAUUGUAGAGAUGGUGGAGGUGGAAUUGAGGUUGGUUUGGCUCUUGAAAGGUCUAGAAUGGCUAAUUUCAUUGACAUUUUUCAAGAACAACUUGAUAAUAUUUGUAGCAUGUGA